CUGUUGCUGAACAGGGCUGAAAUCUCAGGAGGCUGAGGCUGAUUUAGCCUUUCCACCAAUCAGAUCGCUCAUGUCCCCCCCCCUGAUACUGGACACAUGGAACAGUUCCAUUCCUCUCCUCUCCAGCUCACAUUCACUCGUAGACGGGUUCUACUGGAUAUCUGAAGCUGACAUCUUGGGUUUGGACUUAUUUUUAUUUUUUUGUUCACACUCAGGUGAAGUUUGAUUUGAUCUAUUUGACCAAAUUUGAUCUAUUUCGUUCUGGAUGAGUAGACUGCGUAAUUAGCUACUUCAUAAUACGGCACCUUUUGUGUUUUCUGUUGAUCCUGAUUUUGCCCUGUGCGCCGUCAAACACCGAGCUCACCGAGGAUUUCAAACCUGCGGUUGCUGCCGUGCUUCCUCUCCUGUUUGUUCAACCCCAAGAGGCUCUGGACUCCUGGCGAUGGCAGGCCUCACAAAGAGACACCAUGGCAACUUUCCCCAGAGGACAGCAGCCUCGUUGCCACUGGGAGAUGGAUGCAGAGCGCGCCUGGCGCAGGAGGCCCUGACACCAGAGACGGGUCCAUAUCUGGUAACAGCAGCGGAGGAGUCAGCCACGGCGGUGAAAAAUCUCAACAUUUCAGGAUUGUGCCGCUUGGAAAAGGAGGAAAACUGGUCCAGGAGAGAAAGAAUCAGAGCAGCUUCUUCUGGGAAACUGCAAACUCAGGCUGACAAAACUGUCCAAGCUUUACUGAAGAGAAUAAGGAUUCACCCAGAGGCCCAGAGGAUUCUGGGUAAGUCGCCCAUUGCUGUUGUGAGCCUGGAGCGCCUGAACUUCCAGUCUGUUUCAUCAUCAUCUCUGCAGCCUGUGGUGUCUCUGGUCCGACUACCUUGCCAAACAGAGGCUGUUUCUCCCAGCAUUCGUCUGCAGAAUGCGUUCAAUACAAGCCAGGAGGACAUUUUGGAAGCUGAGGAAGGAUCAGCCCAUUCUGGAGCAGCAGAGUCAGCCGAUGAGCUGACGAGUCCAGCAGAAACCAACUACUGGACUGAACCCUACUGUCCCGAAAGUUCCCCAUACGGAGAACCAGAGCAAGACUCAGGCUUUGACUGUGAAUCCAACUCAGAUCAGCCAUACAUCCUUCUGGAUUCUGGAUCUGAGGAUGAGAAAAGCGAUUCAGAAACCUUUUACCUGGAUCCGGACGCACAGCAGGCCGUGGUGAUCAAACUGGACCCGGAAGCCGAGGCGAAUCAGGAGCUGUGGCUGGAGCUGGAGGAUGACCCCGAGGGUAAAUGUGAAGCCGAUGUUUUUGAAAUGGAGCAGAGCGAAGGCCAAAGCCCGGCUCUCUGCUGUUCGGCACAACAGGAGAUUGAAUCUGGAGCAGGAACUGAACAGAUGGAGAGUGAAGAUUUUUGUGCUGUUUGCAUGAAUGGAGGAGAUCUGCUCUGCUGUGACCGCUGCCCAAAGGUCUACCAUCUGGCCUGCCAUAUACCUUCUCUCAAUGGCUUCCCAAUAGGUGACUGGGUGUGCACGCUGUGUAGAACUGACAAGGACCCUGUGGAGAACACGCAGUCCUGUGAGGGAGUCCGAGUGCCUUACACUCUCUCCGACCAGGACCAGAGGAGGUGUGAGAAGCUGUCUCUUCUGCUGCACUGUCACCCACUCAGCGUUCCGUUCCACGAACCUGUCAGUCCACUGGCCCGAAACUACUAUCAGAUCAUCAAGAGGCCAAUUGAUCUGUCCGUCAUCCGAAGGAAGCUGGACAAAUGCAACACACUCCAUUACUUCACUGCCGAGCAGUUUGUUGAUGACAUCUUGCUGAUGUUCAAGAACUGCGCCACUUUCAAUUACCCAGAUUCGGAGGUGGCCCAGGCCGGCCGAACCCUGGAGGAGUUUUUCCUGAGCAAACUGAAGGAGAUCUUCCCAGAGCGGACUUUCCCGUCCGCCAGCCAGGACAGGAUGGACAAAGCUCGCAACCGGUGGCUCAGCAGGAAGAGCAGACAUGUCUUCAGUGGAAGAAAAUUUUACCUAUAAACUACAUGUCUUCUGUUUUUAUUUAGUCUUCUGAUGUAAAUCAGCAAACUUGUGCGGGUGUUUUUGCGAUUUAGGGUUGCUGGGGAAUAAAAACACAACUACAGACGGCAGAAUAUUCACAGAGACCCAUAUGGUUGGUCUGAAAUGACAGAUUGGUCUGUUGUUAUUUUAAUAAAAAAUGUACCUAAGUGUCUUUUCUGCUUAACAGGAAGGUCGGUCUAUGUUAGAAAUACACUAUAUUUUUCUACUUUGGGAGAGACAUCUGUCCUUAGGGCUUUUCAACAAGUUAUUUUUUUUUAAACAAACUGUUUGUUUUUUGAUGAGGGGGUGCACUUCUCUGUCAUCAUUCCUCACAUUUCCCAUCAUCAGGAGAGGGACCUGUAAGACAGACACUUGUACUUGGUGUAUACAGAUCCCUGUCAGUGGUAAUAAAUGUUAUUAGUGAAUAUACCUUGUAUCAAAUUAGCUUUGGUUUCCUGCUUUCUGCCAUCAUUUUUUUUUCCGUUUUUUAUUUUAAAGAUUGACCAGCUUGUCAUUUUAAGGCUUUAAUGAUUCUAUUUAUUGAUCUAAAAUGGGACAGUGUAGCAUUAAUGAACUAGUAAAUGUGCUGGAUUUAA